AUGCUCGCGCAGCGACCCGCCCUCAAGGGCGCUGACAGGCGCGCAUCUGGCCGCGACGAAGCAGAAACGAGCGCCAUUCCCCUCACGCCCCCGUCCCUCGAGCCCCGCCAAGAGUACGAUAACUGUGCUAUCCAUGUGGCUUGCUUUCUCAAUGAUUACCAAGAGUACGAUAACCUAUCGCGGAGUUCUCCUUUCAGGGAACUAAUUGAAAUUUUGGCAAUUUCAAGAAACCAAAAACUUCCACAACCAGGAGAGGAGAGCCAGAUCCUGGAACUGCUGAUUCAGAGAGAUGGAGAGUUUCAAGAGCUAAUGAAGUUGGCAGUUGAUCAGGGGAAAAUCCAUCAUGAAAUGCAGCUUUUAGAAAAGGUAGUAGAAAAGCGGGAUAAUGAUAUUCAGCAGCUGCAGAAACAGCUGAAAGAAGCAGAGCACAUACUGGCAACAGCUGUUUAUCAAGCAAAGGAAAAACUGAAAUCAAUUGAAAAAGCACGAAAAGGUGCCAUUUCCUCUGAAGAAAUAAUUAAAUAUGCCCACAGGAUCAGUGCUAGCAAUGCUGUUUGUGCCCCUCUGACAUGGGUACCAGGGGACCCACGUAGGCCAUAUCCUACAGAUCUGGAAAUGAGAAGUGGUCUCUUGGGUCAGAUGAACAACCCAUCCACCAAUGGAGUCAAUGGACACUUACCAGGGGAUGCACUUGCAGCAGGCAGACUUCCAGAUGUGCUUGCUCCUCAGUAUCCUUGGCAGUCAAGUGAUAUGUCAAUGAACAUGCUACCUCCUAAUCAUAGUAAUGACUUCAUGCUGGAGCCUCCAGGACACAAUAAGGAGAAUGAAGAUGAUGUAGAAGUUAUGUCAACAGACUCCUCAAGCAGCAGCAGUGACUCAGACUAGGUAUGAGGGGGACAGUAUUCCUAGUAGACCUUCCCUGUGGAGAAGGUAGGUUAGAUGCUGUUUGUCACAAACUGCAAUAUCCUUUUGUUACACCAGCAGCCCUGUGUAGGGAGAAGAUAAUAGCUGGCUCAGAAAUAGGGUGACUAAUUUAAAACCAUGGACUAUAGACUUGUUUUUUCCUAUUAGAUGUUUUGAGAGCUGGGAGAAAUGUCUGGGAGCUGUCUGCUGGGGGGAGAGUUGUCAGAUUUUCAGUGAUUGUGUAAAUGUAUGUUUGCAAGAGAUGUAUAAAUAUAUAUUUAUAUAUAUGUAUUUACUAUACAUUAGAUAACAUAAGUUCCUGGGAAAAAAGGUGUAAGGGGAAUCCCCUUGUAUGUUUGUUAGUAACUUUACUGUUUUGAUGAUAGCCUUUUCUAUGCCACAAAAAUGAAACAUGAAGUUUGUAAUUUUAGUAUCUUUUUUUGUUACUGCCUAAAUCCAUGUUCUUGAUCAUCUGUGUAUCAAGAACAAAAAUACGGCAAUAAGGUGUAAUAAAAGAGUUUGUAAUUAUUGUAAUAUAUAAUGGAUGAUUUGUCAUAAAUAAACUCAGCUUUGAUCUA